GCAGGUCUAGAAAAAGAGACCUGUGGAAGAAGCAGAGUCCCCUGCAUUUUUAGAAUAUUCUAAUAAAAGAGACUAUUUUAUAUAAAGAUCUGUUGAUGACUAUUAAUCAAAGAUUCAUUCUCGUUUUGUUAAUAAUUAGACAGGAUGGCAAACACAAAGGAUACAAUCUGACUGAAUUUCUUCCACCAUAUCUAUCUAUCUAUUUAUCAUCUUUGCCUGAUCGUGCUAUGUGCCCUGCUCUGUUUUCCUCUGAUGACAAAUUGAUUUGUGAGGGGGAGGCGAACUAAGUUGGACACAAUGAAGCAUAGCGGUGGGAACCAAGCAUGCUUCGUUCUUGGUCAAAAGACCCCAAGCAUCCGAGAUCUCUAUUCCUUGGGACACAAACUAGGCCAAGGACAGUUUGGGACCACCUACAUGUGCAGAGAGAUCUCAACAGGGCGUGAAUACGCGUGCAAGUCUAUAACAAAACGAAAACUGAUUUCAAAGGAAGAUGUGGAGGACGUGCGCAGGGAAAUUCAGAUCAUGCACCACCUGGCUGGUUACAAGAACAUUGUCACCAUUAAAGGCGCUUAUGAGGAUCCACUGUAUGUUCACAUCGUCAUGGAGCUCUGCUCAGGUGGGGAACUUUUUGAUAGAAUCAUCCAGAGAGGGCACUACAGCGAGAGAAAAGCAGCUGAGCUGAUUAAGAUCAUUGUUGGUGUUGUUGAGGCUUGUCAUUCGCUUGGUGUCAUGCAUAGAGAUCUAAAGCCCGAAAAUUUCUUAUUGGUGAAUAAGGACGACGACUUCUCUCUCAAAGCCAUUGAUUUUGGGCUUUCCGUGUUCUUCAAACCAGGUCAAAUAUUCGAGGAUGUGGUUGGAAGUCCUUAUUACGUUGCUCCUGAGGUUCUGCUCAAGCACUAUGGACCAGAGGCUGAUGUGUGGACCGCAGGGGUCAUACUGUACAUAUUGGUGAGCGGAGUCCCUCCCUUCUGGGCAGAAACACAGCAAGGGAUAUUUGAUGCAGUGCUGAAGGGACACAUUGACUUCGACUCUGACCCUUGGCCCCUAAUAUCUGACUCCGCAAAAGACUUGAUCCGCGGCAUGCUCUGUUCCCGGCCCUCUGAGCGCCUCACAGCUCAUCAAGUAUUGAGGCAUCCUUGGAUUUGUGAAAAUGGAGUUGCGCCAGACAGAGCACUUGAUCCUGCGGUGCUUUCUCGUCUUAAGCAGUUCUCUGCCAUGAAUAAACUAAAGCAGAUGGCUUUAAGAGUAAUAGCUGAAAGUCUCUCUGAAGAAGAAAUAGCCGGACUAAAGGAAAUGUUCAAAGCAAUGGACACGGAUAACAGUGGAGCGAUAACAUUCGACGAGCUAAAAGCUGGGUUGCGAAGAUAUGGUUCUACCCUCAAGGACACUGAGAUCCGUGACCUAAUGGAGGCUGCAGAUAUUGACAAGAGUGGGACCAUAGACUAUGGUGAAUUCAUUGCUGCAACAAUCCAUCUGAACAAAUUAGACCGUGAGGAACAUCUCCUCUCAGCCUUCAGCUACUUUGACAAAGAUGGGAGCGGUUACAUCACAAUUGACGAGCUACAGCAAGCGUGUGCUGAACAGGGGAUGAGCGAUGUCUUUCUAGAAGAUGUGAUCAAGGAAGUCGACCAAGACAAUGAUGGAAGGAUCGAUUACGGAGAGUUUGUAGCGAUGAUGCAGAAGGGCAUUGCAGGAAGAACAAUGAGGAAAAGCAUAAACAUGAGCGUCAGGAACAAUGCUUAGUGGCUAACAUGCAAUCUCACGGUUAUGUACAGGUUAGGCUUUCUAACUAGGGUAAAUUCCAUCAACAUCUUCCUAAACUGACAGUCUAGACCGGUGUGCGUGAAUCCCUCGCUGUUGACAGAGCUGAGCCACGAGAUGCAAAA